GAACUGGAGACUGAAAUAAGUGUGUGCAUACUGUUUGUGCAUCAGCUUUGAUGAUUUUACAGGUGCAUUUUAUUUCACCACAUACCCCUUAAUUAUUAAAUCAUUUAUUCAUUGAUUUUAAAUCAUGAUACUAAUGCAAGAACAGUUUUGAUGUCUUUUUUUUUUUUUUUUUGUUUGUUUUGUUUUGUGCGCCUUGCAGAACUGAUACACUGAAACUGAGGUACUUUUGCUGUUGUGAGAUGUGGUUGGUUUUAACUAAUUUAACGUGCAUUUUUCUGACCUUGCACAUUGUGGGUGCGAAAUGUAUCUUGACUGGCUUCAUGUGACUGCGUUUCCGUUGCUUGCUUGCUUCCGCAAUUACUAAAGACAGUGCAGAGAUGCAGAUGUCAAGCACUUUGCAUCUCCGAAGAGACCAAGCCAACAGAACCUCCCCACAAACCGAUGUAAUGGUCUACUGUGAACUUCGCAGAAGAGCGGAGGGCACGAUCCUGGCCACCGGGCAUAAUUUCAUGUACAGCUGGUUUGAAGGCAGUCUGAGAGCAUUAUACAAAGAAAUUUGACUUGACUUGACGUGGACGCCGUGAGCUUGGCCCCAUGGGAGUUGUGGGCCCCUAGGUUUCAGCCCAUUGAUCAUGUUAAAAUGCCGGUCAUUGAUCGCCUGUCCGUUCAGCUCUGUCAUGUCGUUGUUCCUGUACUGGUGGUCCUGUUUUCCAUCUCUGGACAUCCACAGGCCUUCCCCUGUAGACUGAUCCAAAGUACGGCUCUGUGCAAAAAUUACCAGCUCUCUGCUGUACCAAAUCACUUACCACAGCAAAUUGAGGAGAUCUUUUUAGAUAAGAACCUUCUCAUUAAUUUACAGAAUGGCUGUCUCUCAAGAUAUCCUAUUCUUCGAACCUUCAGCUGUUUAAACAAUCAUCUAAGGACCGUGGAAGAAAAUGUAUUCUCUGAGUCGCCUCUUAUAGAAAACCUCAAUUUUGCUGACAACGAGCUUCAUUAUGGAUACAAGCAGGUGGCGCAGUCAUUAAGCUCUUUGUCCCAACUAAAGACUCUUGAUCUUUCAGGUAACGGUCUCUCUGAGGAGAUGGUAUCUGUGCUGUUACAGAAUCUGUCCUCUCUUGAGUCCCUUUACUUGUCCAGGAAUGCUAUGUUGAGAUUGGAUGAGACAAUAUUCAGAGACCUUCAGCAGCUUAAGGAGCUGAAUGUAGAGAAGAACCUGUUGUUUGAGAUUGAUGGGGCAUUUGAUCAUAUGAAAAAACUCCAGAGAUUAAACUUGGCUUUCAACUGCCUUCCAUGUUUGGUCAAAUUUGAGAUGACCCAACUCCUGGUCUUAAAUGCCAGCCACAAUUCCAUUGAAUGGUUCAUAACAAACCAGAAUUUGUCUGAGACUUUUCUGUUGGAGACACUUGAUCUGUCUGAUAAUCGCUUACUGUUCUUUCCUUUUCUGCCAACACACAACCACAUAAGGACUUUGAUUUUGUCCAAUAAUUGGGUAAGCUUUUACCAGCACUUUGCAAAUGACACAUCUUCAAACUGGACCACGAGCGUUGAGUUCUACAAUCUUGGGCAAAAUGUGGGCAAUGUCACAAUGCAGCUCUGGAAUGAGAGCCUUCAUGGUGACCUUUCCUCUGUGGAGCUCCUGGACCUGAGUGAGAACAAGGUGAACUACUUCCCUCAGGGGUUCAUUCGACAAAUGCCACAUCUGAAUUGGCUGAGGCUGAAAAGUAACUGCUUACAGUCCUUCAGUUUGAUGCCUGAAGAUCUCCCUGUCACCCUUUAUGCACUGGAUGUAAGCAAAAACAGACUAACUGAGCUCAAAGCAAGCCAAAGCUCCAUCAGCAAGCUAAAUAACCUCACAUAUUUGAACCUGAGCACAAAUGACAUUCAAAAACUUCCCCCCAAGAUAUUUGCCAAUCUACCCAGUCUGAGCACAGUAGACCUUAGUCAUAACCCAGUGGAUGUAUGUUUUUCAGAAGAGUCAAACUACAGUUUCUCAACUUGUGUUGUGUGGUCAAACAUUGUUACCCUGAAAAAGCUCUAUCUUACAGGUUGUGGCAUACAAAACAUGCCACCUUUGCCUUUUAAGGGCACGGCAUUAACACACCUUGAACUAUCCAAUAAUCCAGAGCUUCACAUCAAACAGGAAUCAUUGGCAGGUCUCAGUGACACUUUGGAGCAUUUGGGACUUGGUAACACAGGUCUACAAGACUUUGACUUCUCUCCGUACAGCCAUUUGAGGUCUUUAAACAUCUCUAGAAACUCAAUAUCAGAGCUUCCGGAAUCUCUGAUGGCAUUAAACCUGAGACUACUGGACUUGAGGGAUAACAUGUUGACCACCAUCCCAUCCAAACAUGCCACCAUGUUAGCUCAUAGACUGCAGGCUGUGUAUAUGAAUGGAAACGCCUUCAACUGCUGCCAUUUAGACUGGUACAGGACGUUUGCUGAGAAUAAAGGCAUUAAUGUUGUUGAUCUCGCUGAAAUUACAUGUUUGGACUUUAACCGCAGGCGCCAUAAGGUGGUGCUUUUCGACACAUACCACUGUGGUGGUAUCAGCAAUGAGGAAUCGUUUGUGUGGUAUAUCCUCCUCUUCGUAACAGUCAGUGUUUCCAUUGUAGGCAUUUCUGUCAUUUACCUACUCACCUUCAGGCCAAGAAUGUUGCCUCGUGCUAUUAAGAAGAGGUGCUGGAGACCAACUCCUUAUUGACAAACAUGUUAUUGUAAAACAUAUGUAUGGCUCCAUAAACUAUGGGACUAAUGCUGUUUUUUUUGUUUUUUGUUUUUUUUAAACUAUACUCUCAGAAACUGGACACAGUAAAACAAGAAUUUGAUAUUAAUAUGGCACAGAUUUAGGCCACACUGUAAAAAAAAAAACCUGUUGUUUUUACAACAACAACAAAAUUUUUUUUGUUAAAUUUACAGUAAAAAAGUCAUAAACUUGAUAUUAACUUUCUGAAACUAUAAUAAUCUGCUUUUUAAAAAUUACACGAAUGACUUGUAAUUAAUAUUAUGUAAUUGAUGUAAAUGAAAAAAUGAUGACAUGAAGUUCACCAAUAGUGGCUCUUCCAGGAGCAAUGACCGAUAAACAUACAGAGAUAGUGCUCAGUUGCACUCACACAAACACUAAACACAAUCAGAUUAACACAUGUGAAAUUUAAAUAAUGCAGUAUACAUUAACUAAACUACAUUAAAUAUAAAACAGAACACCCCAAUGUAUGUAACUGAUAUUAAAAAUAAGAAGAAACAUAACUAUUCCCAUAAAAUAUAAUGAAAUUUGAUGGGUCAUGCAGGGAAUUGUGGGAAUGCCCAAUUAUUGUUUUUUACUGUAAUUUUAACAAUAAUUUACUUGAAAAAAUACAUGUAUUACUUAUUAAACAAUGUAAAUUUUUAACAUUAAUUAUACAGGAAAAUCAUAUUUUUACAUCUAAAAAUAUGUAAUUUUUACAACAUUUUAUUGUAAAAACUACUGUAUUGUCUUUUAAAAUAUAUUAAAAAGAAAUGGCUGUUUAAUCAAUUAAAAAAAAAAUUCUGUAGCAUUUUUACAGUCUUUUACCGUUAACAUUACAGACAUUUUUUACAGUGCAUAUUGGUCUGUAAGCAUGUGAAUGUAUUUUAUUUUGUCCUCAAUUAAAGUUCACAUUAAAUAUA